AUGGCGCAACGCCAAUCCAUGGUCGACAAUCACCUCGUCAACAGCACCACAAGCCCGCCGGCUCAGCUCCUUCAUUCUUAUGGUCGACUGUGGAGAGCAAUGUUUGAUGGCAGCAUGCGUCAAGUUUCGUACUUUGGGGACCAGGAAGGAUUGAAUGGGCUCAUGAAGCACGUUGGCGACGAGGAAGUCAAUUGCCAGGUCCUGCGGAUGCUUUGGGAAGAGCGGACCGAAGACUCCAUCCCGUACGAGCCAUUUUCGAAUUGGUCAGACAUUAACGACCCGGUGUUCAAAGAUCUCAUCCAGGGGAUGACGAAUCUGGACCCUACGAAGCGGAUCACGGCGCAUCAGGCGUUGGAACAUCCCUGGUUUGCAGGCUUCGAGAUUAAUUAG